AUUUAGGAAUAUUGUGUAUUUUGGAAACUGAUAUUUUAUUAUAAAUAUACCUACCAAGGCUCCUAAGGGAGUACGGCUUUCCCAUUAUUCUCACAUGGUAUCAGCCUCGCGGACGGGGUGGCCGUGGACGGGGUGGCGGUCGCGGCAGAACAGGACGCGGACGUGGCCGCGGUCAGCCACAUCAGUACGGGGCACCGCAGCAGUACUAUGGAGCUCCUCCGCCCUUCUUCGGUCAGCAACCGCAGGCCUCCAUCCAGCAGCACUACACCGGCCAGCAGGGACAACAACUUUCAGGCGGGCAGCUUCUUGGGGGACAGCAGCCGGGUCCUUCCAGCCAGACCUACAGCAAGCCUUCAGUACCGUUCCAGGGGGUGCAAUCCUCCUUCUCGAGCACUACAGGCUUUCCAUCGGGUGAGGGCAUUCUUGGGUCCAUUCCACCACCUGUCGUCUGUCAAUUAUGUUUCAAUGCAGGUCAUUCUGCUCUUCAGUGUCCAUCCCGCUUUAG